CCGGAGGGCGUCAGUUAGCAAGCAGGGUCUUUAAAUCUACGAACGCGUUUUACUCACAGAAACAGGAAAAAUCAUUUUAACUAUUUUCUUUACUGUUUUGGGUUUUUCUUUUUGCUUUACCUGGAUUUUUAAAGCAUAAAGCAGGAAGGAGUCGUAAGAAGACGGCAACGUUAGUCGAUUAAAACGAAAAACAACUGAUUUGAAGAGGUUUUUCGCCAACAGGAGUAUGGAUUUUACUAGCUUCAACUAAACGGAAAACUUUACAAAAUGUUGGAUAAGAGAGCCGUGGAGUUUGACCUGGAGGGAGAGGUCCGAGGGAAGAACGUGAAGGAGCCCUUCCUCAGUCAGUAUCGCUGCGGUCCUCUGCUCGGCAGCGGCGGCUUCGGCUCCGUGUUUUCAGGCCAGAGGCUCUCUGAUGGACUACAGGUUGCCAUCAAACAGAUCUCUACUGACAGAGUUCAGAAGUGGACCAGACUGCCAGAUGAGGUCAACCCCGUUCCCAUGGAGAUUGCUCUGCUGCAGCAGCUGUCAGAGGACGGGGGCCACCCUGGGGUCAUCCGCAUGCUGGACUGGUUCGAGGUGGAGGGGCGGGGCUUCCUGCUGGUGAUGGAGAGACCGCCGCACUGCCAGGAUUUGUUCGACUUCAUCACAGAAAGAGGAGCGCUUUCCGAAAGCCUCGCGCUCAGGAUUUUCCGUCAGGUCGUCGAGGCGGUGCGAUUCAUUCACUCCCGUGGCGUCGUGCACCUGGACAUCAAAGAUGAGAACAUAGUGGUUGACACGAGGACGAUGGACAUCAAGAUCAUAGACUUUGGGUCGGGAGCGCUGCUGAAGGAGACGCUCUACAGAGAGUUCCAAGGGACCCGGGUCUACAGCCCUCCUGAGUGGAUCGCGGCUCAGUGCUACAAGGCCGUCCCCCUCACCGUCUGGUCUCUGGGAGUUCUGCUCUUCGACAUGGUCUGCGGCGACAUCCCCUUUGAACACGACGUGGAGAUUUACAGGGCCACGCCCAGUUUCACCAGACGGGUCUCUAAAGGAUGCCAGUCUCUGAUUCGCUGGUGCCUCUCCUUCCAGGCUGAGGAGCGUCCCACUCUGGAGGAGAUCUUGUUGCACCCGUGGAUGAAGGCAGGAAAGGACAAAGAGGAGGAGGAGGAGAGGGGAGACCUGCAGGAGGAACACAGCUCCCUGCCCAGCCAGUCCCUGUGAAGGAGUGGGACUCUGGACUUAGAGGCACAGAUCCAGAUCUGUUUCCUGUUUCUCACAUUAAACGUGGCGGCACACUCGUCGGCGGAUGUUAUUUAUAUCUGCUAUUUAUUGAUUAUUUAUUUUGGUUCUGCGUCCAUCCCGGCUGUUUCAGAUCUGACUUUUAAAGAGACAGUUUGGAUGGACAGUCGGCUCCCCCUACAGGACGGAAGUUACAUGACAUGAAGUAAUCACAACACAAACGCUGCCAUGGUCGAAGUCCUUGAUCUGCAGCUCUUCUGAUAAUCUUUCGGGUCAUUUGAAGGGACUCGGAGGACGACAAACACUGACUAUUUUAUUAUAUUUAUUUUUGUCACGUGGCACAGAAGAAAUUCGACACGACCACCUGCUGUUACUUUAGACACUGUGAAGCUGAUUUUUUUUUUUUUUUUUUUUUGAAGGUUGUGGAGUUUGUUCUGCCUCAUGUUUGAUCUUAACACUGUUUUUGGUUUUUUUGUAACCAAUACCUGUGACCUUUGACCCCCCCCCCCCCCCCCCCGCAGUCACACACUGUCAUGUGUCGACUGAGUUUUAAAAAAGACAAAAAUAAUGAGUCACAUGCUGAGUUUCAGGUUCGAUUGUCAGUAAAGUUAAAAUUCUUUGUUUUUAAUCUGAAGGUGGUUUCACGGUGGGGAUUUUUUUUUUCUUCGUUCCCCCACGUCCUGUUUUUUUUGGACGUGCCUCCUCCGUAGAUACUUGUGUAUUGUUCAGUUUUUCUACAGUGAAAGUGGCUCCUCGGGUCACUUGAUUCAGUUUAUUUACAUUAAAUAGAAAUUUUGGAUCAAAACAGAAAUGAUCUAAUGUUUGAA